CAGGUUUUUUGAUAUGUUGUGCACUUUCUGAUUUAUUUUCUUCAGAGACACUUGAGCAUCUGUUGUCUUUCGCCGAUGUGGGCGAUACAGUCAGUGAGGACACGUCCGAGCUGACAGUAUCACAGAACUACAUUUUAGCUGUUAUAUUUAACGUAGUUGGAGUCCAUAUUUUUGACGGAGUAUUUUUCUGCUAAUAUGGAACUCACAUACCAGCCUGCCGUCGCCACGCUCUGGGUCCUUCUGAUCGGGUUUCUCCGUCUGUCCACGGCCGAAGAAGAGGUCCUGAUGAACACUAAGCUGGAGACCUCAGACCUGAAGUGGACCAUCUACCCCCAGUCUGAGCCAGAGUGGGAGGAGGUGAGUGGCCUGGACGAGGAGGGCACCAGCGUGCGGACCUAUCAGAUCUGCCCAGCCGACGGCGGCACCAGCCACUGGCUGCGCAGCACGCUAAUUCAGCGGCGGGGCGCAUCGCAGGUGUAUGUGGAAGUGCGCUUCACUAUGAUGGAGUGCUCCUCGCUGCCCACCUACCACCGCAACUGCAAGGAGACAUUCAACCUGCUAUACUACCAGGCCGACUUGGACGAGGCCACACCCACACACCCAGCCUGGAUGGAGAACCCCUACACCAAGGUGGACACAGUAGCAGCAGACUUCCUGCUGCGGAAAGGCGGGGAGAGGAAGUCCAAUGUGAAAACGCUGCGUCUGGGCCCGCUGACCAUGCGGGGCUUCUACCUGGCCUUCCAGGCGCAGGGGGCCUGCAUGGCCCUGCUGUCCGUGCGAGUCUUCUUCAAGAAGUGCCCCACCCUGACGCGCGCUUUCUCCUCCUUCCCUGAGACGCUGCCGCAUGCACUGGUACAGCAGGCGCAGGGACGCUGUGUGGAGCAUGCCGCCCAGCUCAGCGCCCAGGCUCCGCCCCCGCACAUGUUCUGCGGGGAGGACGGCCAGUGGGUGGGGCAGCCCAGCACCAGCUGCACCUGCAAUGCAGGCUACGAGCCUGUGGACAACGAUGCACGUUGCCAAGCCUGCCAGGUCGGGCAUUUCAAGGCGGGGCCAGGGGCUGGUCAGUGUGAGCAGUGUCCACCAUUCAGCAGCGCGGUCAUCACAGGGUCAGCGAUGUGCCUCUGUCGUCCUGGUUACCAUCGGGCCAAAUCUGACCCACCGGACGCCUCGUGCACGAGACCGCCCACAGCCCCACGCAGCAUUGUAACGCAGAUCAAUGACACCUCUGUGACGCUGGAGUGGAGUGAGCCGCUGGAGCGGGGCGGCCGGCAGGACCUGAGCUACGCAGUGGAGUGCCGGCGCUGUGGGGGGCCCGGGGGCCCUGGAGCCACCUGCUCUGCCUGUGGGGACAGUGUCAGCUACCGGCCAGUGCAAAGGGGUCUGACAGGCCGCCGCGUCACGGUCUGGGGCCUGCUGCCCCACACCACCUACACCUUCUCCAUCCUGGCCCUUAACGGGGUGUCCCAGCACAGCGAGCCUGCCAGCGAGAGCGUUAACGUCACCACCAGUCGCAACAUCCCAGCCCCAGUCUCAGGUAUCAGGAGCAGCACAGUGACAGAGAGCAGUCUAAAGCUGCACUGGUCAGUGCCCGAGCAGCCAAACUACAGCAUCCUGGAGUACCAGCUGCGCUACUGUGAGAAGAAGCCUGGCGAUGAGCAGGGCUGGCAUUAUAAAGAGACCAAGAUCAACCAGGUGGUUCUGACUGACCUGCGUAAAGCUACCCAGUAUGAGGUGCAGGUGCGAGCACGCACCACAGCUGGCUACGGCAUCUUCAGCAAAGCCGAGACCUUCCGUACCCGGCCUGACGAAGAUGAGUCUCGCUCGCAUCUGAUGGUGACAGGUGUGCUGGUGGCUGUUGGCUUGCUGCUCCUCCUGGCUGCCUUUGGUAUCGCCAUCUUCUGCUUCCGCAGACACACGAGAGUGAAGGACCCUGAAAUCAGCGACAAGAAUGGCCAGUACCUCAUGGGACAGGCAGUCAAGGUGUACAUUGACCCCUUCACCUAUGAGGACCCCAAUGAGGCAGUGCGCGAGUUCGCCAAGGAGAUUGACGUGUCCUUCGUCAAGAUCGAGGAGGUCAUCGGAGCUGGUGAGUUUGGGGAGGUGUGCCGGGGCAGACUGAAGGUUCCUGGGAAGAAGGAGAACUAUGUGGCCAUUAAGACCCUGAAGGGAGGAUACACAGAAAAGCAGAGGCGAGACUUCCUGAGCGAGGCCAGCAUCAUGGGCCAGUUCCAACAUCCCAACAUCAUCCACCUGGAGGGGGUCAUCACCGCCAGCUGCCCUGUCAUGAUCCUGACAGAGUACAUGGAGAACGGAGCGCUCGACUCCUUCCUGAGGCUGAAUGAUGGGCAGUUCACCCCUAUCCAGCUAGUAGGCAUGUUGCGUGGUAUUGCCUCAGGGAUGAAGUAUCUGUCAGAAAUGAACUACGUGCAUCGUGACCUCGCUGCCCGCAACAUCCUUGUCAACAGCAACCUGGUGUGCAAGGUGUCUGACUUUGGCCUGUCCCGCUUCCUUCAGGAGAACUCCUCUGACCCCACAUACACCAGCUCCCUGGGUGGUAAGAUUCCCAUCCGCUGGACAGCCCCGGAGGCCAUCGCCUUCCGCAAGUUCACCUCAGCAUCAGAUGCCUGGAGCUACGGCAUCGUCAUGUGGGAGGUCAUGUCCUUCGGAGAGAGGCCCUACUGGGACAUGAGCAACCAGGAUGUGAUCAAUGCCAUCGAGCAGGACUACCGGCUGCCCCCGCCCCCAGACUGCCCCAGCUCUCUGCACCAGCUCAUGCUGGACUGCUGGCAGAAGGAGCGUGCUGCCCGACCCCGCUUCUCCGCCAUUGUCAGCGCUUUGGACAAGCUCAUCCGCAACCCUGCCUCACUCAAGAUAGUGGCCCGGGACGGAGCUGGCCCCUCACACCCCCUGCUGGACCACCGCAGCCCCCCACCUCUCUCUGCCUGUGGCUCUGUGGGGGAGUGGCUGAGAGCCAUUAAGAUGGGCCGUUAUGAGGAGAGCUUCAUCCAGGCUGGGUUCACCUCCUUUGAGUUGGUAUCCCAGAUCUCUACUGAGGACCUCCUGCGUAUUGGGGUGACCCUGGCCGGACACCAGAAAAAAAUCCUCUCCAGCAUCCAGACUUUAAGAGGACACAAGAGCCCCAGCACUGUUCGCUACUAACAGCCAACAACAUCCUAUGUACAGACCUCCUCCAAACACCCUCACACAACCAUCUUAUGCAUCCAUGGAUAUCUCUCAACCUCCAGCCCCCCUUAAUUACACCCCGCAACUGUUCCCUUCCAGCCUGCCAAAUUCUACCCACCCCACCCCUCUCCCCUCAUUUUUCUGAGUGUGGGAAGCUGUCUCUUUCACCAAUAUCUCAGAGCAACACAGUGUCCCAUUACAGGCAUUCCUCAGGUCUAUGUUCCUGUGUGAAUCUCUGCACCCCACUGGCAGUUAUACACCCCUCAUCCCUGCGGAAUCAUCAUCACUGUCAUCAACCUGCGCCUUGACUCUCACCAGGUGUGUGCAGGUGUGCACAGUUUUGUGCCACUUAAGGUGCUGGUUGCUGUAUUUACCCUGAGCCUCACCAUCCUCUAACUGCCUCCAUCCCUAACAAUUGGCCCUACACCUCCGUCCUAAACCCUCCCACCUGUGAGUAACCAACUGAAAGUGAACAAACUUCAGGGAGAGGAAGAUGACAUCACAAUGCCAGCAUGUCAAAAGCUAGUCAGAGCUUUUAUGAACUUUGUUUCCAAAUGGGCAAAACAAAAAACAGAGAGGUGUGUCUUCCAGUACUGCUUUUGGACCACUGUAGGGUUUUUGUACCUGUGAACAUCAAGCAUUGUGGGAGUAGCUGUACCUUUCCCAGGAGAGGAAAGUGUGACGGGACUUGAUCUGAGAAGCCAUAGUGUUACACCUGCGUUGGGGUUCUGGGGAUGGCCUGAUCUUUUUUUACUGACUGUGGAAAUGGCCACCACUUUCAGUCUGCUAUUGAAUGCCCAGCUCUGAUCUUUUUAAGCACACUCUCUAAUGGGACCUACUGUUUUAAUACAAUAACUAUUUUUAAACUCCAAAUCAGACUCCACUCAGGAGGAGAAGGGCCUGAUUCAAUACUAGCACUUUUUUAGAUUUUAAACAGAAAGGUAUUUCAUGAGAUGAAGUGAUUUUUUUUAAGUAUCUACCUAUUGCCUUGAUGUCAGGGGUGACACCCUCUCUCCCCACAGAGAAGAGCCAUUCCAACUGUCACAUUAAGGGCUAUAAAGGACACUGCUGACACAAGAAGAGACCAACAGAUUACUGUUAUUCAGUCUUUUUUAAAAAAGGACUUUGAUAAAGAAAGCCAUAAAUCAGGGUUUGCUGUAAUGAUUGUAAUUGACCUAGAUAUCAUCCUAAGUUUUAUGUGGCAAAGGCCUAUAGUCCAAAGCAUCAUCGUGGCAGUAGGGUCCAUUUAUUGUUAGUUUUAUCCAGCUGCAACCCACAAACCCCAUCCAGCGGCCAUCUCAGAGCCUUAAUGGCCGUCUCACCACUGCUCCUGCUGCAGCUAAACUCUGGCCCCACCUCUUGGGAAUUCUGGGAGUCUAAUUUUGAACUUUGAUCUUCACAUUGAAGGUCUGUUAUUAAACCAAGGAUUUUUUUAUUAUGAU